GAAGAUGCUAUGCUUAUGUUUGAUAAGCAAACAAAUCGACACAGAGGUUUUGGCUUCGUUACAUUUCAAAGUGAAGACGUUGUAGAUAAAGUUUGUGAAAUUCAUUUCCAUGAGAUAAAUAAUAAAAUGGUCGAGUGCAAGAAGGCCCAACCGAAAGAAGUAAUGUUACCAGCAAAUUUGGCUAAAACUCGUGCUGCUGGCCGUUCUGCUUACGACAACAUCAUGUGGGGACUAGGGACAUUACCGGAAGGCUUUCCAGCGGCUGCUUACGCUGCCUACGCAGCUGGACGUGGCUACUCGGGUUAUCCUAGUUUUGGUUUACCGUAUCCUACUGUGGAUUUGACUAAUGGUCAGUUAACACCGAACAAUAACACACCAUUGUUAACUCAGGCAUUAUCGGUGAUGAAUAAUUAUCAAGCCGCUGCUGCAGCUGCUCAUACUUUUGCAGCUCCAUCAGCAUCACCUCAUACCACUACUACACGGCAAGGGUUUCCAUCUACUAAUUCCCCCGGGCCCACCAUUGAUAUGUACAGUUCAACGGCCGCCGAUAAUGUGGGCUAUGUACAAGCCACCAGUCCUCAACCCUCAGGGUUUCCGAUUGCCGUGAGUCGAGCUCCACUCAACUAUAGUCCGAUCUAUUCAUUGAACUUUGCGAUGGCUAAUAUAUAAGACUGAAAUCCUAAAGCAGUUGCACAAGGGACCACUAAUUCCUGCGGCAUUUACAAAUGGUUACCAUUAAGUGGAGGCACCGACCGCAACAAAUAAAACCAGUUAAGCAGCGGCAACAACCAACACAAAAAAUAUGUUAAAAAAAUAUAUAAAAAACAACAACAUCAGUUUUAAAAAUAUAAAUAUAAAUAUAAAUGUUGCAAUAUGAAGAAUAACAAAAAACCAAACCAAUUACACCAAAUACAUAUUUACAUCAACUCUACUAUAUAUAUAUAUAAAAUUAAAAAAAACAAAAAAUAUAUACAUAAUUAUAUAUAUACAAAACUAUAUACUAAACAUUUGCAUAUAUACAAGCAAAAAUUUAAAAUAUAAAAAAU